AUGAAAAUGAUACAUUUCUUCCCUCUCUUUUCACUUGCAGCUCUAACCAUAUCCAUCAUCUCCUCCAACGCUGCAUGGCCAGCAGCCACCGUUCCUGCGCCUGUAUCACCACCACUACCACCAGCCGCUCAAGAGUUCCUAGACUCUCACAACAAAGCAAGAGCCGAAGUCGGAGUUGCGCCACUCCAAUGGAGCGACAAGCUAGCGAAAGACACAAGCUUACUAGUCCGUUACCAGAGAAACAAAAUGGGAUGCGAUUUCGCGAACUUAACGACAAGCAAAUACGGCGGUAACCAGCUCUGGGCGGGUUCGGCGGCGGUGACGCCGAGCAAAGCGGUGGAGGAGUGGGUGAAGGAGAAAGAUUUCUACAUACAUGCAAACAACUCUUGCGUUGCGAACCAUGAGUGUGGUGUUUAUACGCAGGUUGUGUGGAAGAAUUCGGUGCAACUUGGGUGUUCACAAGCUACUUGUAGUGUUAAGGAGAAAGCUAGUUUGACGAUUUGUUUCUAUGAUCCACCGGGUAAUGUCAUAGGGGAGACUCCAUUUUGA